AUGGACACCAUCAAGAACACCGCCAACUACGUCUCUGACUCCGUCAAGGGUGCCACCGACACCGCUUCCAAGGAGGCCAACAAGAAUGUUGCUAAGGACAACAACGCUUCCCUCGGCACCCGUGCCUCCGCUGGCAAGGACGCCGUUGGCGACAAGUUCAACGAGCAGAAGCACAGCACCUCUGCCGAUGUCAACAAGGAGGCUGCCAAGCACUAA